AGAGCCGAAGAUGUCGGCUCGGUCACGUGAUCAGCUGUGUCCAAUCACAGCUGAUCACAUCACUGAUACUCAGUGUGCCCUGAUGAUCUGUGUAGCCCCAGCAGCGCCACCUGUCAGUGUCCAUCAGUGCCAGCUCUCAGUGCUCAUCCAUGCCACCUGCCAGUGCCCAUCAGUGCCACAUCAGCACCACAUUUAAGUGCCCAUCAGUGCCACAUCAAUGCCACAUAUCAGUGCCCAUCUGAGCUGCCUUUCAGUGUCACCUAUCAGUGCCAGUCAGUGCCACCUAUCAAUGCCAGUCAGUGACACCUAUCAGUGCUGCCAAUCAGUGCCACCUAACAGUGCCAGUCAGUGCCACCUAACAGUGCCAGUCAGUGCCACCUAUCAGUGCCAGUCAGUGCCGUCUAUCAGUGCCACCUAUCAG